CCACUAAACAUUUUUAGUAUACAGAAAGGAUGAAUACAUAUAAUUCCCAUUUUAGGGUUUUUUCCUCAACGCAUCGAUGUCCUUCAACCGGCUAGGAAAAGCUGCACACAAGAAAACUAAGUGUAGAAUAAAAUUUUGAAUAUACGAAAGCAACACGAUAAUUCAAUAUCUUGGAAAAUCUGUACAGCCUGAAACAGGUUUCAGCAGCAGCCAAAUCGUAUCGAGAAGUCAGUGAGGAGCAAUUUGGAAUAGGUUGCAACAGCUGAAGUGUGACCACGAUUUGGAAGUAGCAACUCAUCUGAAUUCGCAAGUAUUAAUUCAUGGCUCGGCCACCUCGUCCCUCUAAAGGUCGCGGCAACCAAAAUGGAAAGCCAAAAAAUUUCACCACGAAAGCUCGCAAAGAAAAGCGGCAGCAUGAAGUGCAGGAGAUCGAAUCCUUGGAAGCUCGAAUAGAAGCGGAGAAACCAGAGUGCGGAAGCAACCCGCUCGCCGCUGGCAGUGCGUUGGCAAAAUUAUUCAGCGAGCUGCCGGUGUCAGAAAGGACGAAAAGAGGGCUGGCAGAAGGUGGCUUCACUCGCAUGACCACCAUUCAAAGGGCGUCUCUCCCUCACGCCCUCUGCGGCCGUGACAUCCUCGGUGCUGCCAAGACCGGCUCCGGCAAAACUCUUGCUUUUCUAAUUCCGGUGAUUGAAAAACUUUACCGAUUAAGGUGGUCUUCUGUUGAUGGUGUUGGUGCUAUUAUUAUCUCACCCACAAGAGAGCUAGCACUUCAGAUCUUUGAGGUGCUACGGAAAGUGGGAAAGCACCAUACUAUAAGUGGAGGCCUUUUAAUAGGUGGGCGGAAAGAUGUUGACAUGGAAAAGGAAAGGGUGAAUGCCCUCAACAUCUUGGUCUGCACACCAGGGCGGUUGCUUCAGCACAUGGAUGAGACUCCCCUCUUUGACUGUUCACAGCUCCAGGUGUUAGUGCUUGAUGAGGCAGAUCGCAUUUUGGAUAUGGGAUUCUCAAAAUCAUUGAAUGCAAUCCUAUCACAACUUCCAAUAAAACGUCAAACUUUGCUGUUUUCUGCAACUCAGACACAAUCUGUGCAGGAUCUAGCAAGGCUUAGCUUAAAAGAUCCGGAGUAUAUAGCUGUCCAUGCUGAGUCUGCAGUAGCUACUCCAGCACGCCUACAACAAACUGCAAUUAUUGUUCCUCUCAAACAAAAACUUGAUAUGCUCUGGAGUUUUAUCAAGAGCCAUCUCAAUUCAAAGAUACUGGUAUUCCUUUCAAGUUGCAAGCAGGUGAAGUUUGUUUAUGAAUCUUUUAAGAAGUUACAUCCUGGUGUUCCAGUGAGAUGCCUUCAUGGGCGCAUGAAACAGACUCAAAGAUUAUUGGUACUCUACAAGUAUACAGAGGAACAACAUUCUGUUCUUUUUGCAACUGAUAUUGCUUCAAGAGGCUUGGACUUUCCAUCUAUUGAUUGGGUUGUUCAGGUGGAUUGCGCAGAAGAUGUACCAUCUUAUAUUCAUCGUGUUGGUCGUACAGCUCGUUUCACAGCUGGAGGUCGUUCUGUUGCAUUUCUAAUGCCUUCGGAAUUGAAAAUGCUGACCCAGCUCCAAGCAGCUAAAAUACCAAUUAAAGUGAUUAAGGCAAAUGAAAGCAAGCUGCGGUCUAUAUCAGGUCCACUAGCAGGGCUUCUAUCAAAAGAUCCAGAUCUGAAAUACAUGGCACAGCGGGCAUUUGUGACAUAUUUACGGUCAAUCCAUUUGCGUUCUGAUAAGGAACUUUUUGAUGUCUCUAAAUUACCAAUAGAAGAAUUCUCUGUCUCUUUAGGUCUCCCAACUGCUCCUGGAAUCCGUUUCUUAAAAAGAGGUGGAAACAAGCCAAAAAACAUGGGUAGUGAACUCGAAAAAGAGCUUGAAGAGAGAGAGGGGAUUUUUAGCGAGGAUGACAGUGCAGAUGAUGGAGAUGAAGAGCUCUUACAAAAGGUAGCAAAUGGAAACUCAAAAAUAAAAAAAUAUCAUUCAAAGUUAGAUGAAUGUGUUGAUGAUAAGGAUGCUGAUAUUGCAUCUCCGGUAUAUGAUAAAUUGAUAUCCAAAAAUGACGAUGAAGGGGAUAAUCUAUUUUUGACCCAAAAGAGAUCAGUUGAGGAUGGAGACACCGAGGCUAUGAGUCUGGCAACAAGGGUCUCGAAGAAAAAGAAACUUAAGAUCAAUGUCAAUAAGCCAGUUGGCCAGCGUGUUGUCUUUGAUGAGGAAGGAAAAGCAAUGGCCCCAUUGGCAGCAUUUGCAAACAGGAAAGCUGGUGGUGUUCAAGAAAACCAGACCACAGUUGAAGAGCGAUAUAAUAAACUCAAGGAAGAGAUGAAACAACAGGACAAGGAGGAUAAGCUUCUCUUGAAACAACGAUUGCGUGAAAAACGAACUAAAGAGAGACGUAAAACAAAAAGGGAUGCAGCAUCUGGUUCUGAGUCUGAAGAUGGUGUUGUAUAUGACACCAAGAAAUCAAAGAAGGUGUAUUUCCACAGUGACAGCUCAGAUGAUGAUAUGAGCAAUGAUAAUGAAACAAAGAAAAUGAUUAAUUAUGCUAAUUCAAAGACAGGCUCCUUGUCUAUAGCCGAGCAAGAAUCUUUAGCUCUUAAGCUUUUGGGGUCAAAGCAAUAAGGGGUUGUUCGUUACAGGUGAAAAGCCUUGUUGAAAGAGAUGUCUUUGUUUAAUUCAGUUGAGUUGAGUUUACCUCUUCUGGCAGUUAUUUGCUUUUGCUAGUGUUGUACUUCUUACAUCUAAUUCAACUUCUUUUCGGAGAGUUAUAGUAAAGCUUUCAUGUUUUCGCU